AUAAUGGUAACUCUAGACUAACAGAGGGUUCUUCCUUCCCGAUCGUCUGAGAAUUGAAGGGGCGGGUGCAUUCGAGUGAAGAAGAAGAUGGUGCAGAGGUUAACGUACAGGACCCGGCACAGCUAUGCCACAAAAUCAAACCAACACCGAAUCGUCAAGACCCCCGGUGGGAAGUUAGUGUACCAGAGUACUAAGAAGAGGGCAACCGGUCCUAAGUGCCCUGUUACUGGAAAGAGAAUUCAAGGGAUUCCUCACUUAAGACCUGCUGAAUACAAGAGGUCUAGGCUACCCAGGAAUCGGAGAACUGUCAACCGGGCUUAUGGUGGAGUUUUGUCUGGUACUGCUGUGAGAGAAAGGAUCAUUAGGGCUUUCUUGGUCGAAGAACAGAAGAUUGUGAAGAAGGUGUUGAAGAUACAGAAGGCCAAGGAAAAGCUUGCUACUAAGAGUUGAUCUUGUUUUGUAGUGCUGAAAUUGAUUUUUUGGAUACAAUUAGCCGAUGCAUCUUGGAACUAUCAAUGUUUGAUUUGAUAUUUGUGUUUUUAUGUGAUUCUUUGGAAUACUGCAGUCUUUUCUGAAUCUUGUAAGAGUCUCCUAUGUUAGAUUUUGGGCGUGUAGCCAAUUUGAUGGCUACUACACUCACUUUUGAAUUCCUUUAAUCAUUUACAGUUUUGAUUAAAUUAA